AUGAAACGUGGAGGCUUCAAAUCGACUGCCGCGAGUGGGAAAGCCUUUGGUAGCGUGGCCUCCGGUGGCUUCGGAGCUUUCUCCUCUGCUUCCAGCGGCAGCAAACUGUCCUAUCUAACCGAACCCCCGGACUUAUCUGCCAUCUCAGAUGCCAAUGCCGUGGUCUCUUUCAAGAACCUGCUCAAGAAGGACCCGACCACCAAGACAAAAGCACUAGAAGACCUCCUCACCUAUGUGGAAGCACAUCCCCACCAACAGAAUGGCGGCACCGAAGACGCGGUACUGGAGGCUUGGGUCCAAGUAUACCCCCGAAUCUCGAUCGACAACGCCCGCCGCGUGCGCGAACUCUCCCAUACCCUGCAGCUUGAGUUGAUGAAGUCGGCGAGGAGACGCAUGGAACGACGUGUACCCAAGAUCGUCGCAACCUGGAUCGCCGGCACUUUCGACAGAGAUCGAGGCGUGUCGCGAGCUGCCACCGAAGGCCUGUCAUCUUUUCUGACGACUCCCGACAAGACCCUUCAGUUCUGGAACAAGUGCCAACCUCAGAUCCUCGAGUACGCCUCGGACGCAAUCCUCGAAACUCCCGAUACCCUUAGCGAUGAGCGAUCUACAAGUACCGAUGAUGCCGAAGCGAAAUACUAUAGGGUUUUGGGUAGCAGCUUAGCACUGGUGCUGAACCUGCUGCAGAAGAUGGACACUGUCGAUCUCGACAAGUACCAGGAUACUUACCAUCAUUUCCUUGGCGUCGACAAGGUUUGGACAAGCGCACUGGUCAACGAUUCUGUGGUGAGAAGGCUGGCCUCUCAGAUCGUGGCGACCUGUAUUGAGAAGCGUCCUGAGACUAUAGAGGCCAACCUGGGGCUUUUGAGCAAGGUCUACAUCUCCGAGGGCUUGAAGAGCAACCAGACCGGUUCUGCCGUGGAAUUUGUCAAGACUCUGAUCGCCUUGACAGAACAAUUUCCCACAAUCUGGACAUCAGACUAUCGUGGCAAGAAAGCCCCAACAGUCCGGCUCAAGGGCUUUCUCGAAAAGGGUUCUCAGGGUAGCGCCGCUAUUUUCUGGGACUCACUCAGCCAAUUACUGAGCUCUCUACCAUCUGAAAUUGUGUCUUCAGAUCAUGAAGGAGCAAUUGAAUUCAUGAAGUCACUGAAGUCAGGCAUCACAAAUCGAGAAGAGCCUCGAAAUAAUGCGGUCAAUGCUUGGACUUGCUACAUAAGUCUGGGGAGGUUCUUUGUGGACAAGUUGACAAGCGGACAGGUUCAACUCGUGCAAGACUCUAUUUUCCCUCUCAUCGAGCAAUACCUGUUCCCGGAACGACCAGAAUGGUCAGUCGGCAGUCCAGUCCCGAUUCUGAAGGCCUACACCGCAACGGCGGCAUCUCCAAACGCCGAGGUCAGAGAAGCAAGUACACAACACUGGUCGAAGAUGAAGGAUCAGUUCUCGUCACGGAUACGUGACUCGCUCCCUGAAGCCUCGAAAGACUUCCAAAAGUCCCAAAAGGCUAUCGCAGAUGAAGGCAAUCGGUGGUUCGGUUUGACGGGCAAAAUACUGGAGGCUCAUGCACAGACUGUGAAUUCGAAUCGCCCCAUCCCAGCGAAGCCAGUGCAGCAGCCAUCGCUCAGCUUGAUUCUUGAAGCUUUCGAUCUCUUGCAAAAACGCAACCUGAAACCAUUCGGGGCCGCAGCGACAAUCGCAUCGGCAUUUCAGGACAGCAAAUCACUCUUCCAGAGCAACGAGGCAUCAACAGGCGAGGUAUUGCGGGAGUUGGAGGCUGCUGUAUCCGAUGAUUUGCCUGCUCUGUUGAAGUCACCGAGUGCGCCAUACAUACUCUCCUGUGUUAACUCUUUGGGGAGUAUUGCCGGAAGAGACAAAGAUUUUGAAACGAUAUGGCGGGCAAGCAUCGAAGUUCUGGUUUCCUUGGUCGAUGACGACAGUUCCACCGAGAUUCUGCAAGCUCUGACGACGCUGCUGUCAAGUCCGACUGGAUCGAAAUUGGCACACAAAUUGCCCCAGGUGCAAGGUGUAGUUGCACGGAAAUGCAUUUACUGUGCUACAAGCGAUGCGCCGGCAGAGUCUUGGGCUGUUUUCGAUACCGCUAUAACUUUCGACGUGCUCGAUAGGGAAACGGGGCAACGACUAGCCGAAGAACUUACAGCGCUUCUAGCAAAACAACCAGGUUCCAGAGUGAUCAAGUCUCUACUUCUGUUGGCGCAAAAGAAGCCUGAACUUCUGUCCGGAGAACAAGUUCAUAUGAGUCUGAUGACGAGCCUUUUGAGCCUCUCUGAAAGAAGUGACAGCUCUGGUGUCGCGACAUUGAGAUCCCUUCUAAGCCAGCCGACCACUGGCGGAUCUGCUAACUUUGUUGGUAUUAUUUCCCAGAACCUCAACGAUGCUAGCACAUCUUCUCUUGGUGUCGACACUCUGAUCCACCAAGCGUCGCAAGUCCAGGAUGGAGAAGAUUUUGCAACCUCUAUAAUACCCGAUACGAGUGUCUGGGAGAACGAACUGCUUAGCCUAUUGGACAGGAAUGCGCUUGACCCGUCCUUGUCUCUUACCAGUAGUCUUCGAGGCGCCUAUUACCUAAUCCCUCCUCCACAACAAGCUAAAGAAACCAAGAUCAAGCGCGACCGAAAUGGCUGCUCUAUUCCUGGUCGUAUGGCCCAAUACACUAUCCGCUUCAUGCAAUCAGAGUGGAAAAAUGCUUUGCCGGUCAGCAAGCAAGCUGAGCUGCUCAUCUUGACAGCUAUCACCGCCGAGGUUACGGCAGAUCAACUAGCUGUGCUCCAAGAUGGCAGUGUAUGGAAAACUGGCGCCGACGUACCCUCCGAUGCCGAAAAUCUGAUCUCAUCUUCCCGAACCAUCUUUGAUAUGUUGACUGAAGAAGCGUCAUCCUGGCGAGAAGGCGCAGAGUCCGGAUCCCCAAAAUCCCGUCUGGUGCACGAUAUCUUCAUUAAGCUCCUCGACAGCACCAAACAAUUGACACCUUUCGGACUUUACAGUGCACGGGUAUUGAGCCAACUCUUUGAGAAUCUUUCCGAGAAACAUGGCUUCCCCUCUAGCGCUGAGGGAUGGCUAACAAGUUUGGAUGUUCUGAAGUCCACACCUAUGACCAUUUUGCCUGCUGUGGCUAUUUUAAGUGGGUUUGGUGCGACACUUGCACCCCUCAAGGUCAUCAGCAAUCUCUGCAAUCGACUCGUCAGUGAUGCUGCCGGCGCGACACUGAAUACGGACAAAUCAUUGGCGACCCUAGUUCUAUUGAAUGCAUGUAUGCCAAUCUACGAGUCCGGCGAUUUACCUGUAGCGAAUAACCGUCUCGUGUUUGCAGUCAAGCAACUUACGUCUUGGCUCGAAGCUCCCCAGGAUGUGGACUACAGAUUUGCAGCAGAGACUUGUCGAAGUCUGCUAUAUCUCUUACCUUGUAUCAAGGACGUCUAUGGAUCAUACUGGGAACGUGCAAUUGGAUUCUGUGUAUAUAUCUGGACGAAGAAUUUGACGGCUGAGGAGCUGAACAAGUGGCUCCCUUCUAUACACACCACACUAAGACUGUCUACAACUAUCCAAUCAUUGGAAGAACCUAAUGACGAUCUGGUUGAAGCUCUAUCAACAACAGCCGAGGAGAGAUCGUUGGCAUUGGUUGAGCUGCUCAAACUUGACCGCGAUAGGCAAACUCAACCCCUCGAAAUGGUGGACGCCAUAGUUUGCAGACAAGUUGAGAGACUUCCUCUCGAGCACAUCAAGGAUCUCUCUGACUUGUACAGUCUUGUAGCAUCAGACUCGAGAGCCAUUCAAACUGCAAGCUUUACCAUACUACACAAUGCCUUACCGGCGACGCAGGAACAACUCGCUGUGGACGUUCUUCUCGACAAGAAGACUGCUCAGCUUCCUGACGAGCUGCUUUCUCUUCUACUCGAAGCGCCUACUUUGGAAGCCUAUUCGGAUGAAGCAUUGGCCCAAUUCCCUACCCCAAUUCGCUCUUAUCUUCUUACGUGGCAUCUUGUCUUUGACGCUUUUAGUACAGCUUCUUUCAAGGUUCGCGGAGACUAUGCAGAUAACCUUAAGAACGCUAACUAUAUCGGACCUCUGAUGAACUUCACAUUCGAUGUACUUGGCCAUUCCGCUGCACAUGGGCUAAACCUUGACCGAGCGAACUUUACAGUCGAGCAAAUUCGAGACUAUGAUCUUAAGCUCGCAGAAUCAGAGACUGAAGAAAGGAACAUGCAAUGGCUGCUAAUACACCUCUACUACUUGGUGCUGAAAUUUGUGCCUGGGCUUUUCAAGUCUUGGCAUACAGACUGUCGAUCUAAGCAAACCAAAAUCGCGGUGGAAGACUGGAUGGUCAAGUACUUUUCUCCAAUCAUUGUAUCUGAGGCACUUGACGAUGUAGCCAAGUGGGCAUCAGAGCAGGAACCACCAGCAGAUGAUGAAAAGGAGUUGGCUGUUAAGAUCAGCAGGACUGCAAAAGAGGUUACUGCGGGUUACGAAGUCGACGAAUUUCAAGCUUCGAUCGCGAUCAAGAUACCACCAGCCUUCCCACUCGAGUCCGUUGCAGUGGUUGGGGUCAACCGCGUUGCUGUCAAUGAACGAAAAUGGCAAAGUUGGAUCAUGACAACGAAGGGUGUCAUUACAUUCUCGGGCGGAAGUCUUAUCGAUGGUCUGGCGGUCUUCAAGCGCAACAUUACCGGUGCGCUCAAGGGCCAAAGCGAGUGCGCCAUCUGCUACAGCAUCAUCAGCAGCGACAAGACGAUGCCGGAUAAGCGCUGUGGAACUUGUAAAAAUCUCUUCCACCGGACAUGUUUAUACAAGUGGUUCCAGAGUAGCAACCAGAACACAUGUCCUCUUUGCCGAAACCCCAUCGACUACUUGGGCGCCGAUACGAAGGGGAGGCGGAAGGUAUAAUUGCGGCCUGGGUUGGAUGGUUACGGGUAAAGAUGAUAGAUUGAAUAGAUAUCUCCAACCAACGUCAUAAAUCAUAGCAUAUUUUGGUGGAUAACCCAGCCUCAAGGUCUGCGGAUCGCAUUGUUAGUUCUAUCAAAGCUGCGCGAUUUGCCAAGAAAUGUGUC